AACAUGCAGCUUAGGACGUAGCAACUGCAUUCCCGAGUGAUAAUAGGCAAGCUCCGCAAGUUGCACACUGGACAAUUACAUUUGUCGAACAUGUUGACAGCUGAGUCUAAAGGGGGGAGGGGAGACGACAGAUCAGUGGUUUGCUUGAGAUCUGAGACGCCGGCUUCUCCAGCAUCGGAGGCCCUAACGUUGUAUACUAGUCACGCAAAAUGGCGUCCCCAGGGAGACUCAGCCAAACACAAAGCAGUUCUCCAUUAUUUCUCCCUAGCUGAUUGAAUUGCAACGAUCUCAAAGCGCGGUGGGGCACACCUACAAUCCUAGGGCUCGAAAAGGGUUGAAGCAGGAGAUUGCUAGUUCUAAGAUAAAAGCCAGGAGCCAGGGAUCAAGAACAGAGCGGAGGAGGUCUGAACCAGGCUUUGACUGGGGAAUCAGUCGGGUCCAGGGCGGCCACAUGCCGUGCACACUGGGCAUCUGCCGUCCCGGAGCUGAUGGGCAGAACAAGUGACAAGCCCAAAGACUAAGAAACGACCCGAGGACUGCAGACUGCUUGGAACCCUGAGAAGAGGAGGCGUCUCUGCGCCGUGAACGCCGGGAGAAAAGCGCCGCCAGCUGUCCAGAAGUCUGCACAGCCGCAGACACCUCCUUGGCAUCCCCUCAAGCUAUGCGCAAGGCCGCAGCUGCAGCACCACCACAGAGAGGUCGGGCCGCGCCUCCUAGAGCGGCCCCGAAGGGCACGGGAGAGGUGGGCGGGUCUACGGAGCCGAGCGCAGCACCACAGAGAGGCCUGGCGACGGCUCCUAGAGCGGCGCCAGAAGGGCGUGAAUGAAAGGGCGGGGCUACCGAGCACGCGGUGCUACCACCGAGAGCCCCGCAAGGCUCCUAGAGAGGUACCGGAGACGGCUUAGAACGGUGGGCGGGGCUAUGGGGCGCGCGGCAGCACCACCGAGAGGCCGGGGAAGGUAGAGCGGCACCAGAGGGGCGGGCGCCUUGAGGCGCGGGAGAGGCGGGAGUGGCGGCUCAAGUGGGGAUUGUAACCGUUGUCUGCCCGCCCGCCUGCCCACGGCCAAGUUCAGCCGGCAUCUGCGCCCGACACCCACCAGUUUUCAGUGAGGAUGAGCCUUGGUGAGCAAACGCCAGACACCUGAGGCCUGCUUGUUACGCCUCUCACCAGAGUGAUGGUGUUUGAAUUGGUACUGAGCUUGGAUGCUGUCAGAUAAGGACUCUCUCAGACGUCUCCUCCUGAGCUGUCCCACAGAAGACAAACACUUUCGGAUGGUGACGUUCAGGCUCCGAAUCCAGAUAAGAACUUGAUCUGCUGGGUUAGAAACAAAAGGACAGUGGUUCUAUCUGCUUGGUGCCAAAAUGCAGCUUCAUAAGCAGGAUGUGAUGAGCUGUCCCCGACAGAGUGAAGUCACAAAGAAGCCAGGCAGCCACUAGCUGGGAACCCUCAGCCUUCCCUGGCUUCCAGGGUGUUUCCCACUUCCUAGGAGCAGCAAUGGAAAAGCCUGCAGGCAGGAAAAAGAAGACCCAGGCCCCAAAAGAGGAAGCAGGUGCUCAAAAGGCCACUGCCAAAGGGGAGAAAGCACCAAGGGGGAAAAAGCCAACCAAGAGGAGGCCCCGGAAGCCCCGCAAACAGACUGUCCUGAGUCCCGAAGACGAGGCGCAUAUCUUUGAUGCCUUCGAUGCCUCGUUUAAAGAUGACUUUGAGGGUGUCCCCGUGUUUAUUCCUUUUCAGAGGAAGAAGCCCUAUGAGUGCGGUGAAUGCGGACGAAUCUUUAAACACAAGACAGAUCACAUUCGCCACCAGAGAGUUCACACUGGAGAGAAGCCCUUUAAGUGUGACCAGUGUGGGAAGACCUUCAGGCACAGCUCAGAUGUCACCAAACAUCUGAGAAUCCACACUGGUGAGAAACCCUUUAAAUGUGGUGAGUGUGGAAAGGCCUUCAACUGUGGCUCCAAUCUUCUGAAACACCAGAAAACGCACACUGGAGAGAAGCCUUAUGGCUGUGAGGAGUGUGGAAAAUCCUUCGCCUACAGCUCCUGCCUCAUCCGGCAUCGGAAGCGUCAUCCGAGGAAGAAGCACUGAGCAGGGCAGCCGACAACUGUAGAUCUUUUUCAAACAUCAGAUGUUGGUCUAGGUUUCCGAUGCAGUAUGCUACUGAUGGCUCAUGUGGCUGCCUCUCCCUGUCAUCGAAAGGAAAACCCACCCAUUAGACCUAAGAACCCACAGAGGCCUUCUGCCCUGUGAGUCCUCACUUGGUGGUAACACGGUGCUCCCCGGGGCUUCCUGCAGCUCCAGCCGUUUUCCAGACUACUUCAUUCUACUCAGGACCAUCUUUGGAACAGCUUUGGGUCACCGAGAACUUACAGCUAAAGAGACACCCCUGUUGGCGAGGGCCACUGCCUCCCUCUGCUGCCUCUGCCUGCAUCAUCCACUGUGUGUUGGUCAGUUCUUUUGAAGGCUUCUGGCUCUGGAUGCCUGGCCCCAUGAAGUCUGCUAGGGGCAAGGACCCCUGAGGUGGAUGGCGGGCAGCACUCUGAGCAGCUCUGAGGACCCAGCUCCCCUUGGACAGCACCAGAGCUUGCUCAUCUCUGCAGCUAACUUUGGUGAUCUUGAAAUUUCUCUCUUGCUGAACCAACAGUCUCUGAGCUCAGCCCCAGUGCCUGAAACUGGACUGCACUGUGUACCCUUGUCCCAGCCACCAUCGUAGACAAGUAGCCUGGACUCAAAGUGGCCUCAGUGGACCCUUGCACCCUGCCAUAGUGGUAGAUUGUUUAGGCUAGGCCUUGUAGCUCCAGGGUGUCAGCAGCAGCUUCCACCCACUGUACCUUCAGAAACAACUGUGGCCCUGCCCCGUGGCAGCCCACCAUUCAGAUCAGCUCCACUUCCUGCCUGUCACCAGGACAAGACAAUGUGGUUGUGCCCGCCCUCUGUCCCAGGUGCUCUAUGAGGUCUGUGUUCUAAGGACAGCAAAGUGACUGCUGACCAGAAGGGAUGCACAGGACAGAGCCCAGACACAGAAUGCCAUGUAGUCAAAUACUCGCCCGCCUCAGGCUGGCCCUGGAAGACACGUGCAGCAGUGCCUGGGCGGCAGAGUCCAGUCAGCCCUCCAGUGAACAGGCUGCUAGUGCAGAUCUUCUAGCAAGAAGCUCAGAGAAGUCAAGAGAAUCAGUGUCUACCUCCAUCACAGGGCACUGAGAUGCACUGGGUCAUGCACCAGGGAGGCUCUCAUCACAGAAUCCAUUGGCAACAGGAAAGCUGUAGGUGGAUGAGCUCAGGGAGGCCUUCUGGACGCCGUGUGGUAACUACAGGGCACUUUGACUUGUCCCUACCCUGAAGUUAAGGUGGCUACAUCACAUCAUUCACCAGCGACCAUUAGUUCUGGCUCACUGUCCGCCUACCAGAGAGUCCCCAGCACCAGCUCUUUACUUCGGUGAGACACACUGAACAGCCACCCGGGAACAAACUAAAUGCUCAGAACCUUCUAGAUGUCUUGAGAUGUGUCCUGGGGCAAUGAAGAGCACUCCAGCAAUGUAUUGGGAUUCUAAUUACAGAAGCAUACUCAACUGCAGCUAGACAUUUCUGAGAGGUAUGAGGCAGCUCCACCUGGCAGCGCCUCAGCUGCUACCUCUGGCGGGCCUUGUGCAGGAAGGGCUCUGACCAGCACAGCCCAGCCUCACUUAGAGCAGAGAGCACUGCCGGGGCCUGACGACAAGCAAGUGAAAGACAGCUCUGAGCUGCAUUAGCAUCUGUUCCCUCGGUCCCCUCCCAGCCACCUCUAGGGAGAGUCAGAAGUAGCCCUGGACUAGGCCCAGAACUCUUCUGUUGAGGAGACCACUGGUUUAGACUUGAUUCUAGCUGGCAACUUCAGUUCCUGGAAGUCUGUAGCUCCAGGGCACACCUGGGCACCAUUCCUCCUUGAUCUUGGAUCCAUCCCAGUUUGACAUCAAGACACGAUCAUUUCCUGUGCCAAUGAGUUCGGAUGCCAAGAUGCCUUGAAGAGUAAGGCAGGACUGGGGCCCUAGGAAGAAAGGCUGUGUACCCUAACUCAAAGGACA